AUGAAAAAUCACGAGAAUCGACAUAUUGGAUCUACACCACUUCCUGAAGUAAAUGAGGUGUACUCCCACCACGCUAGACGUGGAAGAGGUCGCGAUCCUAGUUGUGGAUGUGGACGUGGACGUGAUCGUGGCUGUAAUUAUGACCAAGAAAGAAAUUCUUUUCCUGGUGUUAAUCAUUCACCAAAGAAAAAUCAAUAUAAAAAGGAAAAAGAAAAAGAUGAGAAAUAUGAAGUAGUUAGAACAAACUACUUUCGAUGUAGUGGAAGGAGUCACUAUGAACGUGAUUGUCGUACUCCCAAUUAUUUAGUUGAACUUUAUCAGACAUCACUAAGAAAGAAGGAUAAAAAUUCUGAAGCUAAUUUUAUGGCCGAAAAUUAUGAUGCCUUCACACACUUGGAUGUGGCAGAUUUCUUCGUCCACCCUGAAGGAAAAUAG